AGAUGCAGCUAUGCCUUCUCACAUUUUUUAUUCUUAUUUUGUUUAGUUUUUUGGUAGAAUCCAGAAUUCCAAGAGCACGAUAUCGAAAACGUGGUCCAACAGGCUUUUCUUUGGCUAGAAUUCAAAAAGAAUAUGAUGAGGACUAUGAUUCUACCGAUGACUCGAGCACUAGUCGGAAAAGUUCAGUAGACGGGUCUCGAAGACGGGAUGAGGUUGUGAAUGAUGCGAAAUGUCUACAGAAGUGUAAUAAUCAACUCAAUAUUGGUAUGGAUAUGGUUAAUGCUCAUAUGGCAUUCGGAAGCAUAGAUGUUCCUAGUGUUGUCGAAAAAAGAGAUCUUGAAAUGUUCUGUAUGCUAGAUUAUCAACAUAGUCAAUGCAUUGAUGAAUGCGGUUAUUCAGUACAAUUCAAUCUUCGUGAAUAUGUCUGUCGAAAUCGGUUCCCCGAGAUGUUGCAACAUCUUCCAUGUUAUGCAAGGGCGGCACCAGCACUCAUUCGUCAUUGUAGACCACGAUGUGGAGGUUAUAAAGCUUUGGUGCACACACAAGAUGGGUAUUCACAGAGAUGUCGACAACUUCUAUGCGAUCAUACGUGCUCGACAUACAUUUUGAAGAGGUUGUGUCCUGAAGAAACAGGCAUCGCUGCGGCAAAUUAUCUACUGGAGUUUACCAGACUGCAGUUUGAGGUCGAUUACUGGAUGAAAGAUUUUACAAAACAAGCAAAAUCUCGAGUUCCUCUAACAUGCCGAAAAGUUCAAUGCAAAGAUUUCAAGUUGGCUAACUGUCGAACACAAAAACGAUAUCGAAAACGAGUUGUUGAUAAUUAAACUGCCAAUUUUAUGUAAAAAUAUUAUUUACGGGUCAUUUUUGAAUAAAACAAUUUUUAU